GUGAUGCCUACCAAAGCCGUGAUGCGUUUCCGACCUUUCGAGGAUGAUGAAACCUCUACCGCGAAGGUCCUCACGAACGAUGGCCUUGUAGGUGAGAUUCUUCUCCGCCUUGACUGCCCCGCCUGCCUCGUUCGUGCUGCAAUCAUCAACAAGCGCUGGCUCCACAACGCCUCCGACCAGGCCAUCAUCCGCAGCUUCCGCGCAAAGCAAUCACCCCAUCUGUUGGGGAUCUACGUCUGCAGCGAUGACUUCUCGCAGCCGGAGUUCGUGCCGAUGCCUGAUGCCUCAUGUCCGGAGCUUGCAGUCGCACUCCGUCAUGGCAACUUUAAUUUCCCUGAUAUGGAUUCUCUCUUGUUGAACGUUUGGGAUUGCCGCAACGACGGCGUCCUCUACGAAUUUGGCGAAUCCAUCCACGCCGCUCUCGCCCCUGCUGUGCGAACACCGCUGCGGCAUCCUGGAGAAGACACAGUCGUGUUCCCACCGCAGCCAUCCAAUACCUGGCCCGCCGAGUGCCCUCACGCCAUGCUCCUCCCUGACGAUGAUGGUGACGACUCCUCAUGCUACCGUGUCGACAUUGGCAACAAGAACCAGAAGGUCUAUGCAAGGGUACUUGUCCUGCGAGCCGGCUCCUGGAGCAUCCACUGCUCUGCCUUGGCUGAUCUCGCUAGGUCGCCGGAGAAGAUCCUCACGGUAACUCUGCUCAUGCGCGGUAAGAUCUACAUGCUGACCAGGGCAGGAUACAUCCUCGCACUGGAUCUGGCCACCGCGAGAUUCUCCAUCGUCGAUCUCCCGGAAGGUGUGGAAUUUGAGUACCACGGCAAUCUUACCUCUUGCCGGGGCGAUGACUCUGCUCUCUACCUCUUCCAUGUGAAGGGAGACAAGCUCACCGUCUGGCUCAAGAGAAUGAAUGAGCAUGGAGAUGAUGGAAGCAGGAAUGGUGAUUGGGUACUCAGGGACACCAUUUCCCUGCUCGAGACAUGUGGGCAUCUCGUAGAGCAGGACUGCGAGCCGGCAGACGGGCAGGAGGAUGGUGUGUCGGUGGUCGGUGUUGGGGACAACGCCGAGUUUGUGUUCUUGGAGUUCGUAGGAACUGGCGUCAUCGUGUACAUGCAUCUCAAGAGCAGAAAUGUGAAGAAGGUGUACCAGAGGAACCCGGACAAUGAUUUCGUUAUACGUGUUCUUCCAUUCGUGAUGGUCUGGCCUCCCAUCUUCCCAGAACAUGGUGCAGAUAUGAAGGUGACGGACUGCAUCAAGACUCAAGAGUAGCCACCCCAGUAGAAUAAGGUGUUUUCAUUGGACGUUGCACCGUCCUGCAGUUUAUACUUACUUGCUUUAAACAGAAUAAGCUAGUUUACAGAUUCAGAAGACGGAUAUGGUGCGCUGG